AGAGAAGAGAGCAGAAACACAAGUUUUAUGAAAGAAUUGGAGCACAGAAUGCAGAAAUUUUGGAAGGAGCAAAUGGCUGAAGUGUACGAGUCCCCAAGUGAUGUUCGCGGUACGCAUAUGCUCCCAUUGGCUCGUAUAAAGAAAGUAAUGAAAUCAGAUGAACAAGUGAAGAUGAUUAGUGCUGAUACGCCGGUAGUUUUUGCUAAAGCUUGUGAAAUGUUCAUAAUGGAGUUAUCAAUGCGUGCUUGGAUGCACACUCAGGAAAAUCGACGCCGGACCCUCCAACGUAAUGACGUUGCCAAUGCAAUUAGGGACGACAAUCUUUUGGCCUUCCUUAAGGAUGUUGUCCCCAUGGAAACUUUCCAGGAGGAUCCAGCCUUUGAUAAUCAUCAUCCUGGAGUUUAUGUUCCGGUCCCUGUUCGAGGAACCCCUGCUUAUCCAGUUUAUCAUCCUAUGAUGAAUAUGCAAAGCAUGAAUCAAGAUGAGGUGGCUCUGGAAGGUCGUCCACCGGCAACUAAUCACCGUUCGGCCUUUCCCUUGAAUUUUAGCUAUAACAUGAAUAAUGAGUUUUUGCAGUGA